AUGUUAGUAGUGGCUAGUGAAGCAGUGUCAGUAGCGGGUAGUGAAGCAGUGUCAGUAGUGGCUAGUGAAGCAGUGUCAGUAGCGGCUAGUGAAGCAGUGUCAGUAGCGGGUAGUGAAGCAGUGUCAGUAGCGGCUAGUGAAGCAGUGUCAGUAGCGGGUAGUGAAGCAGUGUCAGUAGCGGCUAGUGAAGCAGUGUCAGUAGUGGCUAGUGAAGCAGUGUCAGUAGCGGCUAGUGAAGCAGUGUCAGUAGCGGGUAGUGAAGCAGUGUCAGUAGCGGCUAGUGAAGCAGUGUCAGUAGCGGCUAGUGAAGCAGUGUCAGUAGCGGCUAGUGAAGCAGUGUCAGUAGCGGGUAGUGAAGCAGUGUCAGUAGCGGCUAGUGAAGCAGUGUCAGUAGUGGCUAGUGAAGCAGUGUCAGUAGUGUCUAGUGAAGCAGUGUUAGUAGUGUCUAGUGAAGCAGUGUCAGUAGCGGCUAGUGAAGCAGUGUCAGUAGCGGGUAGUGAAGUAGUGUCAGUUGCGGCUAGUGAAGCAGCGUCAGUAGCGGCUAGUGAAGCAGUGACCGAGUCUUCCGCUUAG